AUGGUGGUGGCUACGCGAGUGGUGGACGAGGCGGUGGCCGAGGUGCUGGUGGUGGAGGUUACGGAGGUGCUCAGCAUGGCGGUGGCGGCGGCGGGCUACGGCGGCGGAGGCUACGGCGGCGCGCAAGGCGGUGGCGGCGGCGGGUACGGUGGCGGAUACGCCAGUGGCGGAGGUGGAUACGGUGGCGGACACGGCGGUGGCGGGCACGGCGGUGGCGGACACGGCGGACCGAAUCGCGCCGGCCGGGCGCACGCGCUGGACUCGAUCAAUUCGUCUGGCGGCGGAUACGGCGGCGGAGCACCGCGCUCGCACGGCUCGCCCAGCUACCCGCCGCGGCUCAACCAGCCGCCGUCGUCGCACUCUGACCAGCGGACCCACUACCCACCGCGGAUGGCAAGCGAGCAGUACGAACGAGCCCGGGCGUCACCGGCGGCGCCGUCGCCAGCACGCGGUAGCGGUGGCGGUGGCGGCGGCGGGCAGGGUGGUGGCUAUGGCGGCGGCGGUGGUGGCGGUGGCGGCAGACAGAGCGGCGGCUACAGCGGAGGACCAGGUCCUGGGUACGGCGGCGGGUAUGCGUCGGCUGCGCCAGCGGCUCAGCCGGUGCACACACUGCCGGCGUCUGUAAGCUCGUCGUCGGCAAGCAAGCCGGUGCCGCGGCUGCGCGAUGCCGACUGGGACGUGCUGGGCAUCAAGCCGGAGCGUGCGGAGCACAAGCGGCCGCCGCCGCUCGCGCCGCACCUUAACCGGCGGUACGAGAAGCGGCGGCAGGCCAAGCCGACGUUUGAGCUGACGCAGGCCGAUCCGACGACCUCGUUUUUUGUGCCCGAGGGCGAGCGGCUCGACCACGCGCCGCUAACCAACAUCAACAAGGAGGACAAGGCCCGGCGCGCCAAGUUGCGCCAGUCGAAAAUCCAGUCGUUGCAGGCUUCGCGCAAGCAGUACAUCUCGUCGGUCUUUGGCGCAGACACCCAUGCCGACGCCCGCGAGGAGGCCCGGCUGCGCGGCAUCGCUCGCCAGCGCGCCCGCUACAUGGAGAGUCUUUCGCGGAAGCCGCGCUACGAAAAGGGCUGGGGAUAGACGCUGUGGCUGCCGGGUGAGUGUUAUGGCAGGCCUGCUCUGCUGGCAAGCGUAUGGCGACGGCAGCGAUGAAUGAACUACGCAUAUGGCUG